CACAGCUCCAGCGGCAGGGAAACACACCCGUCAGCAGCGCGCACUGGAGACAAAAAAGCGCAUCACGGACAAAGGAAAUAUGGGUGCGCUGGAGAGGAUUCACCUCCGCCGGGCAACACAAUGGAUGAGCCGCUGCUGUUUCGCUUGCCGGGAGACCAAUUAGCCCACCUUAAUGAGGUGCUGGGAUGCGAGAUACUGCAAGCUAAAAAGGCGGAAGGCUGCGUUUAAUCCGUCUGCGGAUCCUGUGAGCUUGCGAUGGCUGUGGCGGGGAUAUGCAACCGGAUAGGGAAUAAUGUGCCUUUUUAUUUUGUGAUAUUUUCCUUAUUUUGUGGCCUUUCGUUCGGACAGUUGCGAUAUUCGAUUACAGAAGAACUGGAAAAUGGGGCACUGGUCGGCGAUCUGGCGCAUGACUUGGGGCUGGAUAUUCGAAGGCUCGCCACGCGGAAAAUCAAGGUAACCUCCAACAGCGGAAAGCGCUACGUGAUUGUCAACCCCAAAAAUGGGAAACUGCUCGUCAACGAGAGGAUCGACAGGGAGGCGCUGUGCGACUUAUCCAGCACCUGCCUCAUUAAUCUGGAGGUGCUGGUCGAAAACCCCACCGAGGUGCACCACGUAGAGGUGGAGAUCGUGGAUGCCAACGAUAACGCGCCGCAGUUCCCCAGGGACGAGUACCAGCUGGAGAUCAUUGAGUCUGCCCUGCCGGGGUCUCGUUACCCGAUCGAAAACGCCCAAGACCCGGACAUCGGGUCCAAUUCUGUUCGCAUGUAUCAGCUCAGCCCCAACGACCAUUUCGCGCUGGUGUCCAACAAACCCUCCCUCAAUACUAAGCACGUCGAGCUCGUGCUAAAAAAGCCCCUUGACCGCGAACAGACGCCUUAUCACCAAGUAAUUCUAAGUGCUGUGGAUGGUGGGACGCCAGAGAAAACAGGCACGGCCAAAAUCAAUGUCCGGGUCCUGGACUCUAAUGACAAUUUACCCACGUUCGACAGCUCCGUGUACAAGGUGAAACUGCUGGAAAAUUCUCCCAAAGACACCCUGGUGAUUAAACUGAAUGCCACCGAUCUGGAUGAGGGCACAAAUGGGGAGGUGUAUUACUCCUUCAGCAGCUACACUCCAGAGAGAGUGAGGCAGAUGUUCAGCAUGGACACUAACACGGGGGAAAUCAGAGUGAGGAGCAACGUUGAUUACGAGGAGACCAACUCCUACGAGAUGUACAUCCAGGCGAUGGAUAAGGGCCCCGGGGCCGUGGCGUCGCACUGCAAGGUGGUGGCGGAGGUGGUGGACGUGAAUGACAACGUCCCUCAGAUAGUGCUGUCGUCUCUGUCGAGCCCUGUGAGGGAGGACGCCCGUGCAGACACAGUUGUGGCCCUCAUUAGUGUCACUGAUCGAGACUCGGGAGCGAACAAGCAGGUGAGCUUAGAGAUCCCAGCAGGCCUUCCGUUCAAGAUCAAGUCAUUCAGAAAUUACUACACCCUGGUUACCUCAGCCUUCCUGGACCGCGAGACCACCGAUGCCUACAAUGUCACUCUGAGUGCCACAGAUGGAGGAAACCCUCCCCUCUCCUCCCAGAAAACCAUACAGGUGGAUGUGGCCGAUGUGAACGACAACCCGCCGCGGUUUGAGCAGACUUCGUAUACGGUCUAUGUGGCGGAGAACAAUGCCCCUGGCGCCUCUUUGUGUACGGUGAAGGCUCAGGACGCAGACAUUAAAGAGAACGCACGCAUCACCUACACAGUGCUCAAUGACAACAACCAUGGCAUCCCUGUCACCUCGUAUGUAUCUGUGAAGGCCGAUACAGGGGAGGCGUAUGCCCUGCGAGCCUUUGACUAUGAGUCACUGAGAGAGUUUCACUUCCAGGUCAAAGCCCAAGAUGGGGGCAUUCCUCCGCUCAGCCGCGUCGCCACAGUCUACAUCUACAUAAUGGAUCAGAAUGACCAUUCGCCACUGAUAGUCAACCCUCCCGGCAACGGCACGCGCUCCUUGGAGACGGUACAGAAGAACGCAGAGCCCGGUGCCUUGGUGACCAAAGUGGUGGCAUAUGAUGCAGACGCUGGUCCGAAUGCCUGGCUGGUGUACGUGCUGGAGACGGCCACCGACCUGGACUUGUUCAAAGUGCACGAGCACACCGGUGAGAUCCGGACAACCCGGAGGAUCCUGGAGGACAACUUCACCUCCUUCGCUCUGACCGUUGUAGUGAAGGACCACGGACAGCCUAGUCUCUCCUCCACCGCCACCAUCAACGUGGCUGUCAUGGAGGUGCCACCCAAAGUGGCUCCGGACCCCAAGAGGAUCAUCAGACCUCACAGCAACGUGCUGUUCUCUAACGUGACCCUCUACUUGAUCGUAGCUUUGAGUGCCACGACCUUUGUGUUCCUGGUCACUGUGGUGGUGCUGGCCAUCGUCCGCUGUCAUGCCUACUGCACCCAGCCGGGGUCCUGCUCCCCUUGCUGUGUGUCACAGAAGCCCCCUCCAGAUGGCGGGAGCAGCAGCGUAAGUGCUGGCGGGGGAGGUGGCGGUGCAGUAGGGGGACAACCUAAUAACAAUGUGGUGCUUCGGAGAGACCUUAAAGUGGAGCCUCACUACAUCGAAGUGCGCGGGAAUGGCUCCCUAACAAAGACUUACUGCUACAAGACCUGCCUGACAGCCACCUCUGGCAGUGACACUUUCAUGUUCUACAACACAGGACGGCCCAUCAGUGGCACUUGGGGCAGCGGUGCUGACCGCUUCUUCACGAGCGGAAGUGGAUUUGUACGCAGACUGAGCAUGCCCGAUGCCUCGAUGCAAAUCUGCCCAGAGCCAAAAGCCCCGAAUGCUGACUGGCGAUAUUCUGCAUCUUUGAGGGCAGGGGUGCAGAGCUCGGUCCACAUGGAGGAGUCCUCUGUGAUGCAGGGAGCGCAGGGGAUGCUGGUCCAGAACUGGCCCACUGUGUCUAGCGCCGCAGACGGAGAGGGUGGCGGAGAGCUGUCACCCCCAGUGGGCGCUGGAGUCAACAGCAACAGCUGGCACUUCAGGUACGGCGCCGCACAGGGCUACGGCCCUCCUCAGCCGCUGAAGCCCGGAGAGAUUCCCCCCGAAGCCUUCAUCAUCCCCGGAUCCCCGGCCAUCAUCUCCAUCCGCCACGACGCCGGCCCCGUGGAUGACAAGGGUGACUUCAUAAGCUUCGGCAAGAAGGAGGAGGCCAAGAAGAAGAAAAAGAAGAAGAAGGACAAGAAGGACAAAAAGGAUAAAGGAAAGGAUGAUGGGGGGGACGAAUAGAGGAGAAGGGGUGACUUGAAAACAGAGCCACCAACGAGCUACCAUCCCAAUCACAGAGCCAGAAACAAAAGCCAAAUGCGUAUUGUAGAAACAGAGGGAGCCUCCUUGCACCAUAGACAUUGUACGGCGGCCAAACCCUCAUUAGACCCGUCCUGGCUCCCCGCACCAUCUGAACCGACUAAACUAACUCUCGGCUCAUUUGGCCCGUAACUUCGGCCCACGAAAGGUUUAUGGUAAAAUGUGACGUCACCUAAAGACUGGACCAAAUUAAAACAGAAAGGAUUUUAUUGAAUUAGAUUUGAACCUUUCUGUGAUUUGCUGCCCCCCUCCCCCUCCCCUCCGCCAGUUUGUAAAGUAAUAAAACAAAAACACCUGAGAAGGUGUUCUAUUUGUAUCUGACCAUUGUCAGCUGAGGCUGCCUGCGUUGGCAUCUCUGUCUUUAUGCAGCCCCCCCUCCUUCCUUUUCUUUUGGCUCGCCUAGUCGGGAGGUGUAGUGGACGCCAAAAACGGAAUAAAUGAAACAGAGGCUUUUGUGUUCGCUAUUAUGGAGGCCUUGUAGAAAUUCAGACAACGUGGUCUUUUGUAUAAAAAAAAAGAAGAAAAAUGAAAAAGCAACAACAUACAGUAUAUGUACCAUGAGAUUAGCACCUUGGAGAGAACGAGGUGGGCUGAGACAAGCAGGACCACGCUCGAAUUAUGACAGCAGCUCUGUUUCAGUGUAUCAUAGCACAUCGGAGAGGCUGAGGACCUGGACUGGUUUGCACCAACUAUGCGCAAGUUUGUUCCCAGGGUUAGGGUAUAAAAAGUUAACGGCUCCAUAACUGUUAGCUAAUUUGCAAUUCGCAAGUUAAUAAAUUCGAUUGUACCAUAGGUAGUGAGGAGAAAAUUCCACGGCUGUAGCUAGUUACAACAUUAAGACUUCGGACUUGUAGCCAAUCAGUACCUCACUCGUGACGAACCAUGCCAAUUUGUAGUCGACUAGAUUGGUUAGAAGAAUUACGAUUCGUAAACAGAAUCCAUAUCUGACGCUUAAAGGACGAUAUACUAGUUUCUGCAUGUUUUAGUCCAUUCUCUACAAAUCUUUUUAUACGUUACGUCACAGACUGAUGACUUCAGGGAAACUUUGAAUUAUGUUCCCUUCCUUGCAGGCAGCCAUUGGUUUUACACAACAAUUAAUGAGCUGAGACGGGUUUUUCUGCAUUAUGAAAUCCAUCACAGUGUUCGUCAUAACUGUUGCUGAAGUGACUGUUUCAUCACAUGGUAAAUGUAGCUGAAGCACAGAUUAGGAAUAGGCAUUUUAAAAAAGCCGUUCGUAUAUACUGUUGCAUAUAGUUCUGCCAGAGCCUGGUGAAAAUAACGCCAUUCUACCAAGGAUACAUAGUCACAUAAAUGAUCUGAAUAUUUCCAAUUUAACGACUGUUUGGAUAUUCCAAAAUCAAGACCCUGGCGCAGACCUAAGCCUGCACUGCAUUAUAUAGUAACAUAUGGUGAAAUAAAAGAUGAUGGAUCACGUACUUCAAGCAAGUCUCAGCAUGUUACAAUGUUAUGUUACAAUGUUGUACGGAACUGAACUGGAGCCAGAAUCUGCCGAAGAGACGAAAAUGUGAAAAUUAAAUUGGCAAAAUUCAAGAAACAUUUGUAGAAAAUGGGUGCAAAAACAUCACUGCUAUGGUCCUUUAAGUCGCAACAUGGCAUGGAUUCACUAAAGAUGAAAAAAUUAAGCCGUGCGCAAAAAAAAGGAAAAAAAAUAAAAAAAAAAUAUCCUGCUUUACUGUUAGUGAGUGCAGUCGUGUGACUUUGUAUCAUUUGCACCUGCUUUACUGCUUGCUUAACUAUUUAGUUGUUACUUAAGGUUACGUAACAGAUUUUUUCGUGGCGCUACCGCUUGUUUUUUAGCAAUGCGUGAACCGGGAUUAGCGGCUACUGUUGGAUAUAUAACUAGGGAACCUACGUGCAGCUGAUGCAACCGGCCCCUGACCCUGCCCCCCCUCCCCCGCCUCUCUUGGAAUACGGAGUCGGUCAUCGGGGUCUUAAUCCCACUUGUGUAUCAGCACGCCCCAGUCUGACACACACGUUAUUGUACACAAACACUGACUCUCUCUCUGCCUCUUACUCACACAAGCAAACACGCACACACACAUUCUCUCAUACGUUACGAACACACACACAAGAAUACACACCCCCUCUCUGGAAAAUCCCCCCCAAGACUGACGGCCAGCGCCAUCCUUGAUACGAGGAGUGUAUUAUACGGCCGGGACGCAGGAACGUUGCUCGUCGCUUCAUUUCCGUUCAAGCCUGAUCCCUCUACUUCUGUCUUUGAAUGUUACGUAGUUGUUCUUCAAGCCCUGCCCCACUGCCUCGACUGCUUCAGUGCUUGUAGGAUUUGCUGGCCCCUGCUGCCUGUUUCCUCCCUCUUACUCCAGUUUCUUCAAAAUCAACACGGACGGCGUCUUUUUCCGAGUCGCCGUCCCCUUCGAUGAACUGUGCCGUUGUAACACAGUGACAUUUGUGUAUUUUUUGCAUAUUUCUCUCCCACACACACACACACAGUACACAGUACACAGAGUACACACACAUCUGCACCACACACAUCUUUUGUUCGGGUUAACUUCAACAGGGCUUAGGCCGCUUCAGCCGGAGUGUCUCUCUUCUGACGGCUCAUCGUCGACAGCCCCUGUCGGUUCCACGCAUCGCACCGUGAGGACGUCUGACAGGUUUCGUGGAAAAAAAAAAAAAGCGAGAUCACGCCGUCGUGGAUAUGAUGAGACGAGAUGGCGGUGCAGGAGAAGAGUCGCAAAGAAAAUAGUAGUCAUUGUAGUGUGUUGUGUAGAUGAGGAAGCUAGUGCAGAGUUAAUUGGGCGAGUCUUUCUUCCUCUUACACGAGCGGAGGUGUUGCAGUUUAUUUCCUAUGUGUCAGCCAUCAGUGACAGACGAUCGACUGGGGGUCGGUUAAAAAAAAAACAAAAAAAAGAAAAACACUUGCAAAAUAAGCGAAGCAGCAGCAGCAGAAAAGGUGUUGGCGGUUGACUUGGAAAGGGUGGGGGGGGGUUCCACUUAGGGAUAAAUGGAGGUGAAGCUCUCUGUUGAAAGAGGUAAGAAUAAGGGAAGAUGAGAUCAACAGGCAAAGCUGGAAAGACCUUAAAAGUUUUGGCUUAAUUGCUGCACACAAACGUCAGCAAACAGCACGAACAGAUCAGCUUUACUCGGGCCCUCAUAUCGUGGAAACCAAGGUCAAGCAUGGUGGAGAAGUGUCAUAAAAUCUCACCUCAGUGUUCCUUUUUUUGUUUUUCCAACCGUCGUCUUACAAGUCACCGUAGGGGUAUAUAGGUGCUGCUAUCAGGCUCAAUCCCUCCCAUGCACACAUUUUCCUUAGCCCCGCCCCCUCCCGCCCCGUCCUUCAGGUGUACUUCUGUGCUGUCAGAUCACCAAGUGGCUGUUUGCAUGUUAUAAGCAAAGGAAACAGAUACUAUAUAGAUACUAUAUAUACAUAGAUAUGUUUUUUCCACCGGGAAAUGCGUAUUGGAAUACAUAUACCUCUGAUACACAUUCUCAAAGACAAGACACGCACAUAGACACACACACACACACACACAAGCGGCAUACAUACACACAUAUACGCUAUUGCGAAACAGAAACUUGUGGAAAAAAAAGAAAACCUUAAAAGAAUCACAUUUUUUAUCCUGUUGAAAAUGAAUUUAAUCUUCUAGAUAUACAUAAUGCUAUUGUGUUAUGCUAUGAAAUGCUCUUUUUUUUCCCUCUCUCUCUCUGUUUUUUAACCCUCAUGGUUUUCAUAGGUGAGAAAAAAAUCCAACCCGUGAAAAAAGUUGUGUUAAGCUUUCGAAUAACGAUGAUCAAACAAACACUGUUGUGAAAUCGAAACCAUUUACUCACCCCUCCAUAUCUAUCCCUCGCCCAGUAGAGACAAAAUGAAAAAAUAUGAAAAAAAAUCAAAAUAAGUAAAAAAAAAAAACAAAUGUAUAAAAAAAUAAAGUUGAUGUAUUCUCUGCUUGUGUAUAGUGAAUGUUCCUCAGUCACUGGUAGUGGCAGUGAGUGGCACAUACCAGUGGACUGUGACAGUGCAGAUCUGUUAAUAACUUCUUUUUGUACACCUGCUUCAUCAUUGUAAAAGGUGAUAAUAGUGAUUCUUAUGAUUUCAUCAAUCUGGUAAUGUGUUUUGUUAACAAGUCACAAAUAAAGUUUUUCUUAAAUAUCUUAA